UGUAUUUCAGGUGUGGGGAAGACGUGCAUUACUAGACAGUUCUUAUAUCAUGAGUUUGAUUCUAAAGAGCUUACGACUAUAGGAAUAGAUUAUGGGCAUAAGACGUUGUCACUGUAUAACAGAAAAAUCAAAAUAGCUGUUUGGGAUACUGCUGGCCAAGAAGCAUUUAAGUCCAUAGCUAGAUCAUAUUAUUCGGGUGCAGCAGCUUGUGUAUUAGUUUACAAUAUAACUAAACGUUAUUCGUUUCAGCACGUUAGCGAAUGGUUAAGAGAAGCUCGACUUAAUUCUGGCUCCAGAAUGAUGUUCGCAUUAGUGGGCAAUAAAAUAGAUUUGGAAAAUGAUAGAGAAGUACAACGAAUUGAAGGUGAACACUUUUCUUAUAAAAAUAGCUUAUUAUUUUUUGAAACUUCUGCCAAAACAGCAAGUAAUGUAUCAGACGUUUUUGAGGAGUUGGCAAAAAUGUUAUACAAAAAAGUUUUGAGUGGUGAAAUUGAUGUGAAUAGACCGAUAUCAGGGGUUAAACUUGGCCGCAAACUCAGCAAAUCAGAAAUAGUGAAAAAUCAUGCAAGUGAUUGCUGUACGUUUACAUAAAAAAUAGUAUCUAUGCAAUAUACUAAAACUAGGUAGUGUUUGUUAAUUUAUAUUUUAACAUUUGUAAUAUAAUAUUAUUGAUUUUUAAUUUUCAAUUACU